AUGGAGGAGCCCACGGGCGGUGCCGAGUUCAAUCCCGACUUCGACGGCGGGGAAGAGUGUCAGCGUCUCACCAUCAUUGUCGAGAAUGAAAUUGCUGGAGGCUCCUGUUUCACGGCAGCGAUCGACAGUUUCAUCAACUUGGACGAAAUUCGACAGGGCACAGCGCUCUGGGUAGACCAAGUCAAAGAGGCACUGUUUGUCGGUGGCUCACGCGAGGAGCAGGAGCAGGCAGGGGCACUAGACUGGCUUAGCCACUUCCUCUGGCUGCCCUGGACUCUCACCUUCUCUUUGUUCACACCACCCCCCGCCUACCUCGGCGGAUGGGUCUGCUUCGCCGUCUCUUUAGGCCACAUUGCUUGGCUGACGAUUAUUAUCGGUGACCUUGCCGAACUGUUCGGCUGUGUAGCGAACGUGGAUGACAACAUCACUGCCAUCUCCUUCGUGGCGCUUGGAACUUCUGUCCCGGACCUGUUUGCGUCAAUGACGGCGGCAAAGCAGGACCCGCAUGCAGAUGCCUCCAUCGUCAACGUCACGGGCAGUAAUUCGGUGAAUGUCUUCUUGGGCAUUGGCUUGCCCUGGCUAUUGGCCUCCUUCUAUUGGUACAUGCAGGGCACCACCUUUGCGGUGAAGUCGCAGGGGCUGAGCUUCUCGGUGCUGGUGUUCACCUGCGGCGCGUGCGUCACGCUGAGCGUGAUCCAGAUCCGACGUUGGAAGGUCGGAGGAGAGCUUGGUGGUCCUGUGGACACCAAGGCGUACUCGUCCUUCCUGCUCGUCGUGCUGUGGCUCUCCUACAUCGGCCUCUCUGUGUGGAAGUACCAGAACAUCGAUGCCCCGCUUACGCAGGAUCUGAUGAUGCUCGGGCUGACCAUCCCCCUUGUCGGGGUCGUUAUGAUGAUUUUUGCCGCCAUCCGAUUCCUGCUCAAGCUGUCCAAGGAGUACAUCGGCGAGGAAGGAUUCUGGGGCAUUUUCGUUGCGAUCGGCAUCGUCGGUCUGCGCUUUGCGGUUCUUUUCAUCUUCCAGUGGCAGUGA